CUGUUAACAGCACGAAGCUCAAUUUCUGCGUUCCCUUUCCGCGUAUAUGCCGCUGUGACCCGUCCUGCUCUAAGUACAGAAAUAAAUAAGGCAAGUGUGGUAUUUUAACUCAGUCAGUCCAGAAGAUGGCAGCCCACGGUCGCGGAGCCGCCGAGAGCUAAGAGGAGGGCUGCGCGCGGGAAUGCCCGGAUAUAGCCGCCAACAGCCGAGCAGAAAGCAGGGGCAGCGAGCACCACGGGGAGAGCGGCGUUUCGGGGCCCAAGCUUCCAGUCCCGGCGGACAGGACGUCCGAAUACACCGCAACACAGACCACAGGUGAGGUGAGCAGAGCUGAACUUCAUGGUCGCCGAGCAGAGGUACUCAUGGACGGGGGAGAGCACCACAAUGACAAAGAGGUGGUUCAAGCGCUAGACGCACCAGUGGCCCCUCCCAUCAACGCUGAGUUCGACUCAAGUCUGGGCCUUCCGGACUUAGAGGGGAUUCGGAUCCAGCACCAUGAGGUAGUCCAGGUGGUGGGACUGCAGCAGGAUUUGAUGAAGGACCAACCUGAGGAGCACGCAGGACUCCAUGAUAAGGAAGAUGGCCAAGCUACAACAGGAAGCAGCACAUCUAUGCAUCCUCCCAGUGACUCCUCCUCUCCAAGAUCAAGCCCCUCCCCCAGUGAUCUUAGCUCCGCCUUGCUGGCCUCAUUAAAGGAGCUGGGGGAGCACAGUGACCACAGCCUUCUGCCUCGGUCCCUGCAUCAGAUAGCCGAAGCCUGCUUUCUUGAAGAAGAUUAUGAACGAGCCAUCCAGUUCAUCCAGCUGGAGAGGCUGUAUCAUGAGCGACUGCUCUCCAACCUCACCACCUUGCAGGAGAAGUGGGAGCAUCAGUGCAAGUCGGCCGUCCGGCACAGAAGCAGUCCCAUAGGCUCGGAGCAGAUGGACACACUGAGACACAUGUGCAGGACACACCAGAGACCAUUGCUUGGCGUGCCAAAGCAUGUAUUUGUGGACCAAGUGCUGAACAGCAGCCUGACAACCAAGAGGCCGAGCGAUGUGGCGCACUCCCUCGGUACAGGCAGCAUUGCUGAGACCCAAGGGAUGGAUCUCCUGGCUCUGGAAACUGACUGUGGUAUGAUCAAGGCAGAAGAUGCAGUUCCUUGUUCUAGGGGAGAGGUGCCUCCUCAUACUGGCUCCUCCCCCAAACAGCUGAUGGUUACACCCACUCCAGCAUUGGGUGGAGCUGAAGAAACACAACUUCUCCCAGCAAAGCAUUGGACAGAAGGUUUCAUUGGAGAUCAGCUGAUGGACAGUUGCUUGCAAAAGCAGGAGGAGGUGAGACAGGUGGACCGUGAGGGAGGGUCUCGCAACAAGUCAUCGCCAACAAAAAACCAUACCACCAACAACAACCAGUGUGUGGGGGUCGGGGAUGUUAUAGAUGGGCAACUGGCCAUGCAGGGGCCCACCAUGCCAUCUGGGACUGGAGAUGAAACUGUAAUUGCUGACAGGGACAGUAGUGAUCAUGUGACUCCAGUGGGGGUGGAGCCCUGGGAGGGGCAUACUGAAGCCCACCAUGAGAUGGAUGAGGAUGAAGAGGAGGAAGAGCUGGAAGAGCAGGACCUAGCAGAUGAUGAAGUGGGAGAGGAAGUCCUAGAGUGUGAGCCGGGGGAGGAAAAGCUUGGUGUGGGAAUGGAGCAAGCAGGAGUCGGCCUGGAUUCUCUGGAUGACCUGGCCAAGCGCAUACGAGUGGAGGAGGUCACCCCUGCAGAUGGCCUGGUCUCCAUCCUGAAGAGACGGGUCACAGUGGAAGGGGAUACUGCUCAAGAAGGUGCCACUCUAAGGCAGACUAAAAGGCGCAGAGUCCGCUUUAGGGAACCGGAUGACGGUCUAGAUCAAGAUGAAGCGGGCGGAGCCUCUUGCCUGAUCCUGCUCCUCCUGUGCAUAGUCACUGUGGUGAUCAGCGUGGGUGGGACUGCAGUCUACUGCUUGUUUGGUGACCAGGAGUCCACCAUAUGCACAGACUUCUCCCACAAUAUGCACUUCUAUCUGGGCCACAUGCAGCGUGGUGUGGAUGAACUCAAACACUGGUUCUCAGCUAGCUCCUAGCAGGGCACUAUAUAGCACUAAAAGAGAGAAAUGUAAUUAUGUUGAAGUUUUAUUUCCUCUCUGGUUUUAAUCAUCCUCUGAGUACUUCACCCACUGUAGUGCAUUAUAUCUGUUUAUCUAAGUAACUUAAAGCCCGGUAUCUGUCAAGUUCCCUGUUCUCGAUCCAUGUGUCGGUGUCUUGUUGAAAUAGUUUGGAUAGCAGCAGACAAAAUGUUGGACCAAGACUAGUGAAAGAACUUCAAGAUCCUGGUUAGACUUGGUGGCAAGAAGUGGCACUGGGUAACAAUCAUGGAGCUUAUGGGCUCUCUGGAUCCCCCCUGUGGUUCUCAAUGACAUGGCUCCUCAACCAGUUAAGUGCGAUAAUGCUGUUUUUGACUGAGGAUGGCCACUAAACAAGAACAGAAGAUUUUUUAAAUGUCUGAAUUUAAUUUGAAGGGAAUGCAUUUUCCUGGAAGAGGAAUGCACCCGUAUCGCUGGUCAAGGGAAGAUCAGACACAGCCUGGGAAUGGUUCUCAAUUAUUUGAUGGAAUAUGAUACAAGGACAGGAAAUCAAGUUUUCUAUGGUUCAGAAUCUUUCUAGGCCACAAGUAUAGGCAUAGGAUUUGCUUUAAGAUUACCUGUAUGGUUAAGAUUGAAAAACAUUUGCAGUAUGUAUUAUUUUUGGUGUGUUUUCAAAUUAGCAUAAUAUUGUUGCAGUAGUUUUCCCCCUCCUUUAUUCCAGUAGGGUUUUGCUCAGGGGAAAAUUCAGUGAUUCUGCCCACCUGUGUUCCACAUUCAGGCUUCCACAGACACAACUGUGUGGUCUGUAAAUGUAAUUAGGACUACUGGGGUUGUAGUACAUUACAUGCAGAACGUGAUAUCAAACCAAACAAUUCUGCUGGACUGCUAGUUACCACAUAUAGACAAAUCUAGGUGAUCAUGGAUGGUGUAUAUUUGUAUUUGUGUUACUGGCUGGCUCAGUGACAGUUUCAAAUGUGUUUAUUUAUUUUGUGUCAAAACAGAGUAUGAAGAAGACAAUGCAGUCAGGCUGCUUUUAAAUCAAAAACUGUGCAUGUUCUUCUACUUGGAGGCCAAAAUGUGUAUAUAUAUUUUAUGAUUUUUACCCACUGUUUUUGCACCAGUUACAUAUGGAAAUGGAAUGAAUGUUCUGAUAGGUACCCAAAGUUUUUUUUUUUUUUUUUUUAAAGAAAAUGCCAAAAUGAGUGAGAAAGCAAAGUCCUUCUCAGGGACACUUGAAGUAAGACAUGCAGAAGCACUUGACUGUCAGAUGGGUUACUAUACAAAAACAUAUCCAUGUGGUUUCUGCUCAGUUUGACAGUUUCCAUUGUUUCCAUAGAUAUGUCUCUGUCUCAACAAAACGAUAAUGUCACAAGGAGAAUUUAAUGGAAGUUGAGACUCUGAAGAUAAGGCUGCCUUAGUCAGUAAAUUGAAAAUUAAUUGCUUGUUUCAUGUGCAAAUAUUAAAGUCCACUUUGUAUUUAUGGUUGAUCCUUUGAAAAUUCAGAUAUUUGCUACAAAAGUCAUUUUGACAACUGCUGUAUUGCCUCCUUUUUGUGUAUUUAACUGCAAAGAAAUAUAAUGGGACAAAAUAUUUUUGGCCAGUUACAGGCAUUAAUAUAUUUUAUUCAAUAUAGUUACACUAAAACAUUUACACUGUUACACUAAUAGCAAUGCUAAAUGUCAAUUCUAAUAUUUACUGUACAAAAAAGUCUAUUUGCUGAACCCAAACUGUGGGAGAACUCAUGGAAUAAACUAAUUCUUGAUCAUGAGAAGUAUGCAAGGUGCACAGAUGCCAUAGCAAUGAUGCUUACUGCAGGAGCAAUAGUAAUUUUUAUUGGAGCACCAGGUUUUACAGGGCAGCUGGUGCAAACUGUUGGUGGUGGUACGAAAGCCCCCCCCUCCCCCCCCCCAAAAAGAUAUCUGCCCUUUGCAACAGGUAAGAAAGAGUGAUGAACAGAGAGGAAUGUGAAUCUUACUCUUUGUGCAGAUAAGGUUAUGUUAUGGUUUUGUAGUACAGUUUUGGUUUUUUGUCAUCAGAUACCAUGACUUUUAAAACGCUUUUUACUUUUGUAUGCAAAAUGAUGCACUCAUAACUAAAUUUGCUGGUAAUAGUAUUACCAGUAACACACUUACACCUGUAGUUUUCUUUUUUGCAUUCUCCAUUUGGUCUGGUUUUUGUUGAAAAGAGAAAAUCCAGACACAGAAUGACAAAAAGAGCCCAUGAUUGAAAAAAUAAAAUUGUGAAGUGAUAGGCUGUAUUAUUUGUGUAUACUAAACUCAAACUGGAUUAAAUAUUAAAACAAAUGAUUUUCAAACUGCAGUAAUUUUGUGAUGCCUGUUAGCA